CAAACCUGUGUAUGAUGUCAGGCCAGCAGUUCAGACCUGUUGUAGCUACAAAACGGCAACCUUUACGUCCCAAUAAAUCCUUCUCCUCGUCGUCGUCGUUGGUGUGGUCGUCUUCAAGCACCGUAGGCAGCGAACACGAACAUGUUCAGCAUAACAGAUGGAGAUCUAUUGGCAUAUUUGUCGUUCUCUUUUCUGGUGGCCUUCUUCUAAUGACGUUUGUUUUCUCUCAGUUCCCGGAUAUAGAGAAGCACCACUGGGAUCAUAUAAAACUGCCACGAAGUUUGGAUGACGCUAAAGACUUGGGGAGAGUUUUAUCUCAUUAUGGGCAGUCACAUUAUUUUAGUGUUUUACUGCUCGUUGUAUGUACGUAUAUAUUCCUACAGUCAUUUGCAAUACCUGGAUCUAUAUUUCUCAGCAUUUUGUCUGGGUUCCUUUUCAGUUUUCCAGUCGCUCUCUUUCUCGUGUGCUUUUGUUCAGCUGCGGGUGCUACUUUUUGCUACUGUCUUUCAGCAUUGAUUGGAGUUGGCUUAGUGAAGAAACACUUUCCUGACAAGGUUGCUAGCUGGAGACAACAGGUUGCAAAGCAUAGAGACAACAUGCUCAGCUACAUUGUGUUUCUCAGAAUUACUCCUUUCCUUCCCAAUUGGUUUAUCAACAUAGCAUCACCUCUACUUAACAUUCCCAUCAACAUUUUCUUUUUUGGAACAUUUAUAGGUGUGGCACCUCCUUCUAUCCUAUUUAUCCAAGCUGGAAAAACCUUGUACAAACUGACGACUACUGGUGACAUUACAUCCUGGAAGUCUAUGCUAUUUCUUGCUAUAUCAGCUGCUAUAUCUUUACUUCCUGUGUUAUUUAAGAAAGCAAUGAGAAAGAAGCUUGAGUAGUAGUAUUGUUGGAGUUAUUGUCUAGUAUUUAGGUAGACAUACAGUUGCAUUGUCGUCAAUUACCGUUUUAUUGUCGUUAUAAUAUGCUACAUAGAAGACUGUGGAUGAUUUGUGUAUUCGUUUGGUGAUAUUGUUUGCGAAUCCUGUUUAUGAAUGUGUACUUUUUGAUUAACUUAA